GAUAUGAUAUCCACCUUUCUUUUUACGCCAUUUGUGGCAGAGCGACCGUUACUUCCACCAUUCCUACGUAAUUGGCGUUAAAGCUUUACCUCUCAACAGCAGGUGAGGUCAAAGCAAAGAAAAAAACUGCGGGGGGUUGUGAAAAAGGAGCGGACAGACAGGUGGGGAGGACGUAGUUGAUGUAUUUAUCUGCCUUGUCGGGGGAAAUGGACGAGAGCAAAACGGUUUUAGUUGAAAGCCUCAUAAUAUGGUUACAGACCUUCAACACCUCUGCACCGUGCACAACAGUAGAGGACCUGACCACCGGCGCUGCCAUAUCACAGGCUCUGCAGCAAAUAGACCCGUCAUGGUUCACUGACGGAUGGCUCGCUCGCAUCAAAACGGACGUGGAUGACAACUGGAGGCUGAAGCUGAACAACCUGAAGAAGAUCCUGCAGAUGGUGCUAGAAUAUUACAACGAGGUUUUGGGCCAGGGGCUCUCCGACUUCCCUCUGCCCGACGUGGCCCUGGUUGCCGAGCACUCGGACCCCGCGGAGCUGGGCAGGCUGCUGCAACUCGUCCUGGGAUGCGCCGUCAAUUGCGAGCGCAAGCAAGAAUACAUCCAGAUCAUCAUGACGCUGGAGGAGUCCGUGCAGCACGUCGUCAUGGCAGCCAUACAGGAGCUCUUGCAUAGAGAUACCAUGUGCCGAAAAGCAGAGCUGUCUGGGGACCUGGAACAGCAGCUCAGAAAAGCUUUGGAGGAACUGUCACAGCUAUCCUCAGAGAAGGAAGCUCUCGUCCAACGCUGCCAGGAGCUGGACCAGCAGGUGGCAAUUCUCCAAGAGGAACAUAACAGCCUGCUGGCCGAGAACGACGUCCUGACCGACCGGGCCAAUCAACUGGACACGUUGGACGACCCCAGCACGCCGUCGGGCAGGAAGCACAGCCAGCUGCAGCAGCAACUCGAAGCUCUGCAGGAGGAGAAUUUCAGGCUGGAGGCUGCCAAAGACGACUACAGGAUCCACUGCGAGGAGCUGGAGAAGCAACUGGUGGAAGUCCAACACCGCAACGACGAGCUCACCGGUCUGGCGGAGGAGUCCCGAUCCCUCAAAGACGAGCUGGACGUGCUGAGAAACUGUUCAGACCGGGUGGUGAUGCUGGAGGCCUCGGUGGAGACGUACAAGCGAAAGCUGGAGAACCUCGGGGACCUGAAGAGGCAGAUGAAGCUUCUCGAGGAGAACAAUACCAUCUACAUGCAGAACACCGUCAGCCUGGAGGAGGAACUGCGCAAGGCCAACGCCGCCCGGGCGCAGCUGGAGACGUACAAGCGGCAGGUCCAGGAGCUCCACGGGAAGUUGUCGGAUGAAACGAGGCGAGCGGACACCCAGUCCUUUGAGUUGAAGAAGCUGGAGGAGAAACACGAGCUGGUGAGCAAGGAGAAAGAGCGCAUCAUCGUGGAGCGAGACUCUCUGAAGGAGCUCAACGAGGAGCUUCGUUGCACCCAAGCGCAACAGGACCGGCUCUCCCAAGCAGGGAUGCUUUCUCCCAGGAGCCCCAGCCACGAUAACCUGGCCGCAGAGUUGAUCCCUGUCGAGCACAGAGAGAAGUUCAUCAGGCUUCAGCAUGAGAACAGGAUGCUGAGAGUACAGCAGGAGGAGUUUGAGAGGGAGAAGAUUGCCUCUCUGCAGGCUCAGCUGGAGGACGCUCACAAGAGUCGCAGUCAACUGGACACCGAGAACAGAUUGAGUCGCCAGCGGGUCAGCGAGCUACAGCAGCAGGUUGAGGACCUCCAGAAGGCGCUGCAGAGUCAGGCGGUCAAGCCCGAUGACUCAAACCUGAAGCGGAAACUGGAUGCUCACAUGGUCCAGCUGAAUGAGGCCCAGGAUGAAAUCCUGAAGAAGAAAGAACUGCUGGAGGACCUGCAGCCCGACAACACUCAGAACUCCUUCAAGGUGGACGAGCUCAUGGCUGCGCUGAAAAAAAAGGACGAAGAUAUGAGGGCCAUGGAGGAAAGGUACAAAAUGUACCUGGAGAAAGCGCGCAAUGUGAUCCAAGCUCUGGACCCCAAACUGAACCCUGCCACCACUGAGAUCCAGGCUCUGAGGAACCAGUUGGCUGACAGAGAUAAGCAGAUCCUCAACCUGGAGCUCCAGUGCGAGCAGGCCCGACUGCGCGAGUACGAGGAGAAGCUGAUCGUCUCCGCCUGGUACAACAAGAGUUUGAACUUUCAGAAGCUGGCCAUUGAGACGCGUCUGGGCGCCCGCACCGCCUCUGCGCUAUCCGCCGGCCAGUCCUUCUUGUCCCAGCAGCGGCAAGUGUCCAAUGCGCCUCGCCGGGCGCUCUCCAUCAGCGUGCCGGCCGCCGCCUCCAAGUAGGGCCUUCUCAGAGUCGCGUGCCUCCCCUCGUUUAGUAGAGACGAAAGUCUUCCGGAUUUUCAAAUUUUCUCCAGAAAAUGUAAGAAAAAUUGCCUAAAAUUAAUCCGGAUAUUAGUUGACAACAUAGGACGAACACGCGUUUUGCUUUCACGGGCGUAGCCAUGUUGAGGCACAAACACUAGCAAUAGUGUAGCGACGCCACUCGAGCGAAAAACAAUCAAAUAGGCCUGCCAGUAAAUACAGUAAAAUUGACUUCACAAUGGCUGGUUAUAUUUGUACAAAGUAUAUUUCCUGCAAUAUAAUCAUGCAAUGCAUCAGCCUACACAGGGGAACAAAUGUUAAAUUUACUCCAUUUUAUUUCGUCAAGUCUUGCACAAAAUAAGAUCUGGAUCCAGAUAUUUUUUUAAGUAUAUGGGCGGAUAUCGAACCCGCAACCACUGAGCCCUGCCAGAUAGCGGUUGUGAAACCACUGAGCUCAGGUACCAGUCCACCUUCAAGUGACCUUACACAUGUCAGCACCUGGGGUGAUGGUCCCUGGUGAAGAAUGAGGCCAUUGAGUACUCGGAUGACGGGAUUUAAGGCCCCGCCCAUCUGAUCCGAUGUCAGGCAGACACCAGAACAUCCAUCAUAUUUCCCACGCUGACUGAACAGGACCCUCACAACCUUUAGCUCACGUUAUGUGCGGAAAUGUUGGAUUCGAUGAUAGAGACGUGCGGGAGGUUUGGUAGAUUUGGUGCCAUCUACCGACCGCUCACACGCGCUAGCGGGUUGCUAAAAUACUGCGAAUGUAUGUAAAGAUGCCUAGCAAAAUAAAAGUUUAAUAAUGUGAAGUACAAUCGGGGGACAAGAAAUCCAGCAUGUAUCGUGUUAGCCGCCAGAGAGUUGCACUGAUAUUGUGAUUUUAACACCAGCUUUUUUUUUAAAUCCAAAUGUCCCACACAGGAUGGAGCGAAUUUGUGAACAGUCUGGGUUGGUUUUAUACGUAAUCUGCCCCCCAAACAGUCUCAUUCAGGAUGUGUUAAUAUGCGGAUGUACUGACUGUUCUUUAGAAUGUAGAUUCUUGUAUAUUCAGACCAAGUAGCACAGUGCAUUUAUCUGUAUGUAAUACUGGGGUGGGGAUCAGUAAAAACAUGUUUAAAUGAAAUAAAAUUGUAAAUAAAUGAA